AUGACAUUCGAAACAGAUUCAAAGGCGAAGCGCUCUGGCUCACGCUCACGAACGCCAAGGCCUACGACACCGCUCCGUCCUUCGUCACGCUCAUCAUUUCGUGAUUCAGCGUGGACGGCGGGUGACGGUGACGCGCCGUUCCCGCUUAACACAUUUGAGCCAGCAUUCGCGGAGCUUUCGGACGCCAUGGCGGACCUGGAAGCGAAUAUGAUGCAUUUUCAACUCAUGCAUGAAAGUUUGGCACGCUUCAGCGAAUCGUUUGCAAGUUUUUUAUAUGGGCUCAACAUGAAUGCGUUCUGCGUGGAUUUCCCAGAGGCACCGAUUCUUGAGUCGUUCCGACGCAAUAGACAUCAAGACAAUCAGUUGCCGGAGACACCCAAGGCAGAAACUGAUCCGGAGAUAACCUUUAUGACUACUGAAGUCUCCUUCGUCGAUAACCCUCCCGCAUCAAAUAAGACAAAGACACGAACUGUGCAGCAAGGACAUCGCCAAUCACGUUUACCAGCUGCACGAGGUAGCGCAGAAAGCUAG